AGCAAGAUAAAUUUUCAAACCUUUUAGGAGUUUUGCUGGUUUAGGAAAGAUGAAACAAAGUACUAUAGCAACGUUUUUCAAUCAAAAUACAAAUGAUCAUCAUUCUGUUGUACCAGCCCACCUUAAAUACAUGGACCAACCAGUGUUCUCACAAAAGUCAAAAAUUAACCCAUGGAAUGCUCAUAUGUACAGCAGUGUCAAGAAAAAUGCAAAACUGAAGGCAUACCACAAAAAAAGGGCGUCUGAUCCAUACAAUAGAAGAUACCAGGAUGAUGAUUCAGCUCGCAACUCGCAAUCAAAAGAGGAUUCUCAGAAUUUUUAUGGAAGUUCUUCUCAGUCACAGGACAGCACUGGCUGGGCAAAGUCGUUCAACCAAACCCGGUUGAGUUCCGCUUAUUCUUCAAUGAGCAGUCUAAACCAAGCGCCGCGAUAUGGAGCAGACACUAAACCUUUUGAUGAAGAUUUUCGUCCAUAUAUGGAAUCAGAAAAGACAAAAGCGAAAGAACGCGCUGAAAGAGAAUUCAGUCACCAGUUUAUAUCCAAACUGUUAGAAGAACAUUCAACAAAAGUUUGUGAAAAAUUUAAAAAAGUGUCUGAACGAAUGACGAAAUUCGAGGAAUCGCAACAAAAAUCGAUUGAGUCAUUUAUAAAGCUUAUUGAAGAAUUAAAAAGUGCUGGAAAGUUGAGAGAUAUUGAAUUAAAAUCCGUUCAAGAAUCUGUGAAGUUACUACAACACAAAAUUCCUGAGUCUGCUUUGCAGGAGAUUUUAUCAAGUUUGGCAGAGGUUAAAAAAUCACAUAAACCUACAACUAGUGAUUCAUGCACUCAAUAUUCUCCACAAGUUUGUAAGUUGCCUGGCAUUACCUUUAGUCAAAGGAAUUCUCCAAUAUCUGUUGUAAACCCUGUUCAAAGUGUGGUUAAUUGUAUCAAGCAAACGACAAGAUUUGUGGACAAAGAGAAUUAUGGAACACCCAACGUUAAUUUAACAUCACAUUCUCGACUUAGAUCAAGAAGGAACCUGAAAGAUUUAUCUCCGUUGUCUCAAGUCUUUAACCUUCAAGAUCAAGAAACUGAAGGUUGCUUGUUGAAGACAGUUAAAGCAUUACCUGAGCCAGUCAGAAGAAAAUCUACGAGAAAUAGAAAAAAGUCGAAGAAAGUGAACAAAAAACAACAACCUAAGACUAAGAUCAACAGUGGUGGGAGUGGAGCUAUUACACAACCUGCUUUUAAAAUUGAAGAAAGACAAGACAGUUACAGUGCACUUGUUAGAAAUGAGAGUGCAUCUGAUGAUGAAUACGACAUUUUCAGUUUUGAUGGCUCGACUACAUUUACACGUUUACAUCUCAUUUAAGGCUGUCAUCUCAGUUUUGUUAUUUUUAUCGUUAUUUUGUUUUGACUAGUCCAUGAACCUACUUUAUUUAUGAAAUUUUAAAAUGAAAUUAGUCACUAAAGUUCUUAUUCUGUCUGGUCAGUCAAAACACAGCAAAAUGUUCUUACGUGUUACAACAACACAACUUGUUAAUAAAACUUUUAUUAAAAUGA